CGUAUACAGGAAAUGUAAACAGAUUUCAAAACUGUCUCAAUGAGCAGAUUUUUAUCGUUUAUUUUUCCUCCAAAAGCUAAUUUUUACCGGUUAAAGUUAUGCAGACGUGGAGUCUCGUAUCUAUCUGCGUUUUGUUGGGGGUUGUUGUGCGAUGGGGAGUUUCGUUCAAUUCUUAUUCAGGGGCGGGAAAACCUCCCAUGUUUGGCGACUAUGAAGCCCAAAGGCACUGGCAAGAGGUGACCUACAACCUCCCUCUCCAGGAAUGGUACUUCAACACCACUGACAAUGACUUGAACUACUGGGGUCUUGACUACCCUCCCCUUACUGCUUACCACAGCUGGAUCUGUGCUUAUGUAGCCAAGAUGAUAAACCCUGAAUGGGUGGAGCUCCACAAAUCCAGAGGCUAUGAAAGCCCAGCACACAAGUUAUUCAUGAGGACUACAGUCUUGGUGGCAGAUUUGUUGAUAUACACCCCUGCUGUGGUUUUAUACUGUUUAUACUUGACUGAUGGAUCCUCUAAGAAAAAGGUUUCAACACUGUUCUGCUUCCUGCUCUACCCAGGACUAAUUCUCAUUGACUAUGGACAUUUCCAGUACAAUGGAGUGAGCCAGGGCUUUGCUCUGUGGGGGGUUCUGGCUCUGGGUCUGGGUUGGGACAUGUCGGGCUCCAUGGCCUUCUGCCUGGCUCUCAACUACAAACAGAUGGAGCUAUACCACGCUCUACCCUUCUUCUGCUACCUCCUGGGAAAGUGUGUCAAAUUGGGUCUGCUUGGGAGAGGGCUUUUCUUGUUGGUGAGAAUUGCUCUAACAGUGUUGGUGACUUUUGCCCUCUGCUGGCUGCCCUUCCUGUCUGACCCCAACCAGGCCUUGCAGGUGGUCAGGAGGAUCUUUCCCGUGGCUCGUGGUCUCUUUGAGGAUAAGGUGGCCAACACAUGGUGCAGCUUGAACAUCCUGAUAAAGGUCAGAUCCAUUCUGUCCAGUGAGUCUCAGCUCUACCUCAGUUUUGCCUUCACUCUCCUGGCAGUCCUACCUUCCUCUAUCAGACUUCUGACAAAGCCAACAUUCUGGCAGUUUAAACUGGCCUUGGCCAAUUCAUCUCUGGCAUUUUUCCUCUUCUCCUAUCAAGUCCAUGAGAAGUCCAUCCUCUUGGCUGCCUUGCCUGUCUGCCUAAUCCUGAAUGACUUGCCUCUGAUGGGUAUUUGGUUCCUGCAGGCCUCAACAUUCAGCAUGCUGCCUCUGUUUCUGAAGGACGGUCUGCUGGUGCCCUAUGUUGUGACCUCACUGGCCUUCCUCAUCCUCAGCGUCUAUCUGCUGUCUGCACUGGAGCACUGUUCAGAGGAAGAGCUGAGACUGGGUGCCUACCAUAAGCUGUUUUUCUGCCUGCCUAAAAUGGACCUGGCCUGUAUAGUGAGAUGGAAGUUCUACAUCAGCAUUGCAGCCAUGGCUGGUUUGAGCAUUGUGAGUGUAGCUGUGGUCCCACCGCCACACUUACCUGACUUGUUUCCUGUGUUGGUGUCUAUCACUGCUUUCCUGCACUUCUUGGGGACAUUUAUAUAUUUUAACAUUGUUCAGUUCAGCGAGCCGCCCAGCAGAAAGAACCAGAAGAAGAACAACUGAGUGAUGCCGGACCUCAAGGUUUUGAACUAAUUUUGCUUCAGGAAAGCCAGUGUUACACUUUGGGGUGUAUCUCCUCUUAAUGAGCAUGAUGCCUUUCACUCAUGCCAUCACGUACCAAACACAAAUAGCACAAGUGCUUAUUAAGGCAUCUUGUUGGCUAAUAAAAAUCACUGUACUGCAAAAUGCAAAUUCAGAGGAGCUGUGACAUCAAAUAAAAGGAAAGGGUAGUCAUAUUUUUCCAGUUUGGACCAACUGAUUUUGUGAAAUUCUAAAAUGAAUAAAAAGUCACUAAUUUUAGCUUUUACAUGUAGUUAAUGUAUUUCUCCUUUAACUACAUGGCCUAGUUCAUGAGAAAUAUACCUCCUGAAUUAUUGAAUUAUUUUUGCUUGGACCAUUGAUACUUCAUUCUUCAAACUAGACUAUAGCUAUGGCUUCAGUCAUCUGGGGACAUCACAAGUAAACAUGCAGUAGAUGAGCAGUGUACAGCCCAAACAUUUUCAGAGAACUCAGUGCCUGUAAGUUUAAGCUACAGGAGGUGGUCACAAUAAUAGGAACACCUGUUUUAAUGUUCAGUUAUUGUUAAGACCGUGGCAGAUUUAAUUUUGAGGUAAUGUUUGAAGCCAUAGCUGGGGGUGGGGUUAGGUUUAAUGAUACAUUGUGGUGUUCAUGUUAUUUUGUCCACCCUCAGCACUUGCUCUGGGGAUUGUGCUUAAACACACAUCUUAUGGGACUGUACUCAGGUCUACUAGUUAUGGUUGUUCAUUAUCUAUUCAUGUGAACUUUUUUUUUUUUACAGUUUUCUACUAUAUAUUUUUAUCCAUCGUUGAAG